GCGGGCAGUAUGGUAAUGCCCUCCGGAGGAAAUGAGCGCAGUGAAGUGGAAUGUAGUUGCCUUCAGUGGGAGUUGCUAACAGCUAGCCUGCUAAGCUGAGUUAGAGCUGAGGACGCAGAGGAAAGUGAUGAAAACAUGCCUCACUUCACAGUCGUGCCCGUGAAGGACCAAACUCAGGCCAGCUACGACAGCCUGGAGGGGAUCAACUGGGUUGAUUACAGGGACACUGGACAGGACAGCUUUGACCAGCAGGACACGGUUAGUUCUGAUGGACACGGGAAUCAUAAAGAAGACAGUCCUUUCCUCAGCAGUCCCGACUCAGAUGGCAAAAGAAAUGACUUCUACGACAGAAACCUGGCUCUGUUCGAGGAAGAGCUGGACAUCCGGCCGAAGGUGUCGUCUCUACUCAGCCGCUUGGUCAGCUACACCAGCAUCACUCAGGGGGCCAAGGAGCACGAGGAGGAGGAGAGCGCUGAGACCUCACGUCGUAAGACCCCCAAGUCUCCCAACAUGGGCACCCUGAUGGGGGUGUACCUGCCGUGCCUCCAGAACAUCUUCGGGGUCAUUCUGUUCCUGCGGCUGACGUGGAUCGUGGGAAUGGCCGGCAUCAUCCAGUCCCUCCUGAUUGUCAUCAUGUGCUGCUCUUGUACCAUGUUGACAGCCAUAUCCAUGAGCGCCAUCGCCACCAACGGUGUUGUUCCAGCUGGAGGAGCCUAUUUCAUGAUCUCCCGCUCCCUCGGCCCUGAGUUUGGAGGAGCCGUGGGUCUGUGCUUCUACUUGGGCACCACAUUUGCUUCUGCCAUGUACAUACUGGGAGCCAUUGAAAUCUUCUUGAAAUACCUGGUCCCUCAGGCGGCCAUUUUUCACUCCACAGAUCCGCUGGGAAAUGACAGCACCUUGCUCAACAACAUGCGAGUGUAUGGCUCCAUUUGUCUCAGCCUGAUGGCCGUGGUUGUUUUCGUCGGGGUCAAGUAUGUCAACAAGUUGGCCUCCCUUUUCCUGGCCUGCGUUAUUAUUUCAAUAGUCUCCAUCUACGCCGGAGCAGUCAAAUCCAUGACUCAUCCACCAGAAUUCCCGAUUUGCAUGCUGGGCAACAGGACUUUGGUGAGGGAUCGCUUUGAUGUGUGUGCUAAAACUGUGGUGAGGGGGAACGUGACAGAACCGAGCCAGCUGUGGGACAGGUUCUGCCUCCCUGGGAAUCUUAGUACCGCUCAAUGUGACGACUACUUCAUCCAGAACAACGUGACAGAGAUCCAAGGCAUCCCUGGACUGGGCAGUGGCGUCAUCAGAGACAACAUGUGGAGCGACUACCUGCAGAAAGGGGAGAUCUUAGAGAAAGCCGGGCUGCAGUCAGUGGAGGCUCACAGUCCCGUAGAGAACUUUCUGAACUACGUGUCAGCAGACAUCGCCACAUCCUUCACACUUCUAGUUGGCAUCUUCUUCCCUUCUGCCACAGGGAUAAUGGCAGGUUCAAACAGAUCUGGGGAUCUCAGAGAUGCUCAGAAGUCCAUCCCUGUGGGAACAAUCUUGGCCAUCACCACUACGUCACUUGUUUAUCUAAGCUCGGUGGUGUUGUUUGGAUCGUGUAUAGAGGGAGUUGUCCUGAGAGACAAAUUCGGAGAUGCCGUUCACAAGAACCUUGUUGUUGGGACUCUGUCGUGGCCUUCUCCAUGGGUAAUUGUGAUUGGCUCCUUCUUCUCCACUGUUGGUGCAGGGCUGCAAUCUCUCACUGGUGCGCCACGACUUCUGCAAGCGAUAGCAAAAGACAACAUCAUCCCCUUUCUUAGGGUGUUUGGGCACGGAAAGACCAACGGGGAGCCGACGUGGGCCCUGCUGCUGACUGGUCUCAUAGCGGAACUUGGCAUCCUUAUUGCAUCACUGGACAUGGUGGCUCCCAUCCUUUCCAUGUUCUUCUUGAUGUGUUAUCUCUUUGUAAACCUAGCAUGUGCUGUUCAAACGCUCCUGCGAACGCCUAACUGGAGGCCAAGGUUUAAAUAUUACCACUGGACUUUAUCAUUCCUGGGCAUGAGUAUGUGUCUGGCUUUGAUGUUCAUUUCCUCCUGGUACUAUGCCAUAGUGGCCAUGGGGAUUGCUGGGAUGAUCUACAAGUACAUUGAGUACCAGGGAGCCGAGAAGGAGUGGGGCGAUGGGAUAAGAGGAUUAUCUCUCAGUGCUGCACGUUACGCCCUGCUGAGGCUAGAAGCUGGACCUCCUCACACCAAAAAUUGGAGACCUCAGCUCUUGGUGCUGUUGAAGCUGGAUGAAGACCUUCAUGUAAAAUACCCCAGGCUGCUCACCUUUGCCUCUCAGCUGAAAGCAGGAAAAGGUCUGACUAUUGUUGGCUCGGCCAUCCAGGGCAACUUCCUGGACAGCUAUGGGGAAAUGCAGGCAGCGGAGCAGGCAAUAAAGAACAUGAUGGAGAUCGAGCGGGUCAAAGGUUUCUGUCAAGUUGUGGUGGCCACUAAGGUCCGGGAGGGCGUCGUCCAUCUGAUCCAGUCCUGCGGCCUUGGGGGGAUGAAGCACAACACGGUGGUGAUGGGCUGGCCGUACGGCUGGAGACAGAGCGAAGACCCUCGAGCAUGGAAGACUUUUAUUAACACGGUUCGCUGCACAACAGCUGCCCACCUGGCUCUGAUGGUCCCCAAAAAUGUGUCCUUUUACCCGAGCAACCACGAACGCUUCACAGAUGGCAACAUUGAUGUGUGGUGGAUCGUCCACGAUGGGGGAAUGCUAAUGCUGCUCCCGUUCCUGCUCAAACAGCACAAGGUCUGGAAGAAAUGUAAGAUGCGCAUCUUCACUGUAGCCCAGAUGGAUGACAACAGCAUCCAGAUGAAGAAGGAUCUGGCCACAUUCCUGUAUCAGCUGAGAAUAGAGGCUGAGGUGGAGGUGGUGGAGAUGCAUGACAGCGACAUCUCGGCUUACACCUACGAACGGACAUUAAUGAUGGAGCAGAGGUCCCAAAUGCUACGGCAGAUGAGGCUUUCCACUACAGAGCGGCAACGAGAGGCUCAGCUGGUUAAAGACAGACACUCACUGGUGCGAAUGGGAAGUCUAUACUCAGAUGAGGAGGAGGAGCCUGUGGAAGUUCCUCCACAGAAGGUUCAGAUGACAUGGACCAGAGAGAAGCAUGAAGCUGAAAAGCGAAAUCGCAACAAUGCUCCUGAGAACUUCAGAGAGCUCAUGAGCCUCAAACCGGAUCAGUCCAACGUGAGAAGGAUGCACACAGCUGUGAAGCUGAAUGAAGUGAUAGUCAACAGGUCCCACGACGCUCGGCUAGUGCUGCUCAACAUGCCGGGUCCUCCUCGCAACACGGACGGAGAUGAAAACUACAUGGAGUUUCUGGAGGUGUUGACUGAGGGUUUGGAACGCGUGCUGCUGGUGAGAGGAGGAGGUCGGGAGGUCAUCACCAUCUACUCAUGACUAGUUAGGAGUUCCUAUGGAAGGGCUUUGGAAGAAGACGUUCUGCUUUGGGACUUCCAGCAGCUCUUGGUUCACAUACCAACUUUUGAGUGCAAAAGAGUUUAUUCUAUUUUUGUAGAACAUCUUUAAUCAACCGUACGUAUGUACCUGUCGGUUUGUAAUUUUAUACUUCUAAUAUGAAAUUCAGUGCAUUUAUCAAACACAAACAUUACAUGAUUGCUGUUUUUAUGUUUGCAGGAGGCCAAAACAGCGUGUUAUACAGUAUUAUUAUUUAGUGAUCGAACUGUGCUGGAUGGACGCAGCUCACCUUUAGGUAAAUCCUAGGUCAAUUAGUUAAGGAUCUAAAAAUAAAAUAUAGCAACAAAUCUUUAUUUUUCUAAUUGUGUACAAAGACAAAAGCUAAUUAUGCCCUUAAAUAUCAAAAUGAUCUCCUGAAAAGAUUACACGGACAAGGAUUCUGUUUCUGUUUUGGUUUCUGGUGCAAGAAGCAUAAACACACAUCUGACCAAAAGUACAUGACGUGACAGAUGAAACAAAGAAUGUGUCAGGAGUGAAGCGGGACCCAAAAUAAGUCAUUUGCAUUUUUAUUUUUCAAGGAUGAAUAACACCAUUCACGUCGCCGCGGUACACAUUCCUAUCACCAGAACUUUUACAUAAUGCAAAUAGCUGUUACAUCCCAGUUUCCACCGCUGCGUUUUUCUCUGGAUCAGCGGCCAUUUGUGCAGUGGCCCAUCGAGUGAGGCGGGAAAAUAAUGUUGUUAAAAAUAUCGUACUUUUAUACCAGAAUUAGAUUCCAAAACAGUGUAUUUUACGUAUUUUUAUUUAAUAUUUAUACUAUUUAUUUUCCAACCUUUUAAUAACUGAGGCUUCAUGUUUGAUGUUCCAGAAGAAGUCCAGUUAGAAAUUCUGGAAGGCAGAAAUCAAAUUUUUCAUGAAGUUUAUAUGUUUGGAAGCUUAGUUUUGCUGUUGAAUCGAGAAGCGAAGCAUCGAACCGUGAAACGAUUUUAUUUGUACUUUAUUUUUACUCACCUGGGACCUUUAUCCGUUGAGACAAAGAAUGUCUUCUUUUUUUUUUUUUUUUUUUUUUUAAAUGAUGUUUAACAUUUUUGUAAUAUCAGACCCAAGGUUUAGUAUUUAUAACGCUUAUUUUAUUUGUGUUUUGUAUUUGUCACUUUGUGUAUUUUCAAUAAAUAAAUAUCUGCAUGGUAUAUCUAUGGUACUUAAAACUGCCUGAGUAGCUGCUUAUAAAGUGUUUUUAGUGAUAAAUAAUUUUAUGUUACACCGGUUAUCAAAAGGUGAUAAUAAAUCAGUCCAAUCUC